GUCGAAAGCUGUUCCUGGCUGCAGACUGCUGCUCCGCUGAUUCUCAUGCGAGAGGAUGGGUGUGACUCGCUGGGAGGCUGGUCUCCACCGCCCUGCUUAAGUACACUAUUGAAUUACCUUCCUCUUUGCCAUGCCCCCUUCUGCCAGAGGGAGCCCAGGAGGAGAGAGAGCGUGUCAGGAGCCGGCGAUCUGCUCAGUGGUGCAUUUGGGGUGGCAGGGGGAAAAAGGAGGAGAUAAGAAGUAAUGAUGGCUGACGCUGAAGCAGACGUGGGGCUCCCCACUAUUGAGAGGAAGCCAGGCCUCCAGAUAUGGACCAUAGAGAAAAUGAAAAUGGUGCCUCUUCCUGAGAAGGCCUACGGGAGCUUUUUUGAAGGGGACUGUUACAUCAUCUUAAACAACACGAAGACACGUUCUGGAUUCGCCACGGACCUGCACUACUGGAUUGGGCGCGAUUCCUCCCAGGACGAACAAGGCGCGGCUGCUUUCUACGUGACUCAGAUGGAUGACCUGCUCGGCGGGAACCCCGUCCAGCACAGAGAAGUGCAGGGACACGAGUCGGCAGCCUUUAAAAGUUAUUUCAAGAACGGCAUCAUCUAUAAGAAGGGAGGAGUUGCUUCCGGGUUCAAGCAUGUGGAGACCAACAUGUACAAUAUCAAACGCCUCCUUCACGUCAAGGGGAGGAAACACGUCUCGGCUACAGAGGUAGAUCUCUCCUGGAACAGCUUCAACAAAGGAGACGUCUUCUUGUUGGACCUCGGCAAAGUCUUGAUUCAGUGGAAUGGUCCCUCGUGCAACGUUGCAGAGAAAUCAAGGGGCAUGGUUUUGGCACGAAGUAUCCGGGACGGCGAGAGGGGGGGCCGUGCUCAGAUUGGCGUCGUCGACAAUGAGAAGGACUGCCCAGACCUCAUGCAGAUCAUGAAAGCGGUCCUGGGGGAGAGGCACGGAGAACUGCGGGAAGCAUUGCCUGACGAGAAAGCUGAUGAACUUCAGAAAGCCAAUGUCCGUCUUUACCACGUCUAUGAAAACGGGAAGGAUUUAGUAGUUCAAGAAAUUGCUACCCGGCCCCUGACUCAAGACCUCUUGCAGCAUGAGGACUGUCACAUUUUGGACCAGGGAGGUUUCAAAAUUUACGUCUGGCGUGGGAAAGACUCCAGCAAAGAAGAGAAGAAGGCAGCGUUCAGCCGAGCAGUGGGUUUCAUCCAAGCCAAAGGGUAUCCCCCCACCACAAACGUAGAAGUCAUGAACGACGGAGCGGAGUCGGCGAUGUUUAAGCAACUCUUCCAGAAGUGGUCGGAAAAAGACGAGACUCAGGGACUUGGCAAGACCUACAACGUUGGCAAAAUUGCCAAAGUGGAUCAAGUCAAAUUUGACGUCACGCAGUUGCACGCAAGACCGGAGUUGGCUGCUGAACAGCGGAUGGCAGAUGAUGCCUCUGGAACUGUAGAGGUGUGGAGGAUUGAGGAUCUAGAAAUGGCUCCGGUUGCCCCCAGGACCUACGGGCAGUUCUAUGGCGGAGAUUGUUACCUCAUCUUGUACACCUACACAAAAUUAGGCAGGCCUCAUUACAUCAUCUACAUGUGGCUUGGCCGCCACGCCUCGGCGGAUGAAAUCACUGCCUGCGCCUUCAACGCUGUGGAGCUGGACAAAAAGUACGGGGAUGAGCCGGUGCAGGUUCGAGUGACGAUGGGGAAGGAGCCGAGACACUUCCUCUCCAUCUUCAAGGGGAAACUGAUCAUCUAUGAGGGAGGCACAAGUCGUGCCCAGAAGAGCGAGCCGGAGCCCGCCGUCCGGCUCUUCCAAGUGAGGGGGACAGAUGAAUUCAACACCAAGACCGUCGAGGUCCCGGCACGAGCCUCCUCGCUCAACUCCAACGAUGUCUUCCUUCUCAGGACCAACCAAAUGUGCUACCUGUGGUGUGGAAAGGUAGGUGAAUUUUAGGGCGUAUGCUCCAGC